AGGCGAAAGAAAACCAUAACAACCGUGCUAAAAUUCGUGCCUUUGGUGACGUAUUUUCUGCUGCGUUGUGUUCAUCGUGCGCACGCCCCUUGCCGUGCAGUUGUUGUUGUCGCUCUAGUGUUGGUGCGUUUCUGUGUGAGAAAAUGUGUGAUAGAUACACAAAAGUGUGCAGCAGGGCGUGAAAAGCUGUCGGGAGCUGUUAACCUUGUGGAAGAUAAAAAAAAAACAACUAUCGCAUAAUUAAUCCAACAGCCUUCGAUAAAGAGAAAAAACAUCACCUCGAAAAAGUAUCACCCCCAGCCAUUUUGGGGGCAAACAGCUGGAUCGACACAGCCGAAUCAAUCGAAGUAGCUCACGACCAGGUUCCAGUGUGCGGUAGGAGGUGGUUGUUUCAUUCAUCCCAAAACAAUGCGCUGACCUCCGCGCGGAUACCAAUACCAGUACAGCAAGCUUUAUGAGUGAUAGUGUGUAAAAGUGGCCACUACGAGCUGUGCAGUGCAACCUAUGUACGUUCUCAGUGUAUGCGAUGGUGUAUUAAUAAUAUAGUGUAGUUAAUUUAACCUGCACUUCUCAAGCUGCUAAAUCAGUAAAAGUAGGAAAGGCUGCGUUCACCAUCCAAUAGAAAUUCGUUCACCUGCGGUAAAGGACGUUUCGUGACAUCGAUCCAACGAUUCCCUGCCAACCGGCUAUGUUGGAUGCAGAAGUUUACAAACCCUGCGGUAACCAAAAAUGCUACCGGGCAUAACUAACCAACACGCGGAGCUAAUUGCAGCACUACCAGCGAACGUGUGUUGUUGCCGCUGCAGCCCCAGCACCAACCCGAUCGCACCCUGUCGUAUGUCCCUGGCACCUUAUUCGUGUCGUGGUGGUGUAACACGGUUGUUUCCAAGCGUUCCGAAGCAAUGCUUCACGGUUUAAUCCAAGCGCACCUACUGUCUUCGUUUGUGUCGCCAGCGUUGCACAAUAGCAUCGAGGUGCGGACAUUAUGCUAGAUUGCAACCGAGAACGACGCUCUACUAGCAGCUAUGCGAUCGUGCUUAACGUGGUGUUGCAGAUUGCCACACUUCACCUGAACGUUGUCCUUGCGCUUUAGCUUCCCCUGGGUGCGUCGUCUGAAUGAAUGGAUGAUUCAAACCGUGAAUAUUUCUUUUCAAGUGACUUUUAGUCUGUCAUGCGCGCAUUGAAAUUUUCUAUCAAACUUAAAGUUGAAGUUGAAGAUACAUACAGUGAAUGAGAAGACGCAACUCGGCACAAACCAUUUUCGCGUACAUCGGAAUCACGAACGAAGACGACAAGUACGGUUCCGACUAUCCUUUGUUGGUGCAGCCGCAGGAAGUCCUGGCUCGGUUGCUGAAACCCUCUUGGCAAGCUCCGACCGCCGAGUGGAUAACAUUAUAUAAUGAGAGGUCGACGAAUUCCGAUUGCACUACCAAACACUGGCGCACUGUCCCGUAGAAGACACACGCUGUACAUCCGUUCCGCCAUAAUUAUAUUCAUUCUGUUCGCGUUCCUGCAGUUCCAUGUGAUAAACUAUGACUCCUCCGACAGUGGAUCCAGCGAUAAUGCCAACUAUUCCACGGCAGCGAUCCUGCAGAUGGUGCCACCGGUAUUUCAUAAGUAUUUGACCGGAAAACCUCGCAACUCUACGCACGGUCAAAAUGGUACACACUAUGCUGGCGAUGGGCCCAGGACGGCCAACAUUAGCGACAUCAUGCGCAUGAUAAAUCGCUACAACGACCUCCAGACUGUUCUCAACGAGGACAUCUACGGUCCAUUACAAAAUGAUUCUGUGAUAAUAGUAGUGCAGGUACACAAAAGAAUAACAUACUUGCGGCACUUAAUCGUAAGUUUAGCCCAAGCGAGGGACAUUUCACGCACGUUGCUCGUCUUCUCGCACGACUACUACGACGAUGACAUCAACGAUCUGGUGCAGAGCAUCGACUUUUGUAAAGUAAUACAGAUAUUCUAUCCCUUCUCAAUACAAACACAUCCGACCGAGUUUCCCGGAGCGGAUCCCGGCGACUGCCCGAGGGAUAUUAAAAAAGAACAGGCGCUGCUGCGAAAGUGCAACAAUGCACUCCACCCCGACCUGUACGGACACUACCGGGAGGCAAAGUUCACCCAAACCAAACACCACUGGUGGUGGAAGGCGAAUCGAGUGUUUGACCAGCUGGAAGUCACCAAGUACCAUACGGGUAUGAUGGUGUUUCUGGAGGAGGACCACUACGUUGCCGAGGACUUCCUAUACAUUCUUGAACUUAUGUUCCGAAAAUCGCAGGACCUGUGUCCGAAGUGCAACAUCCUAUCCCUAGGCACAUAUCUGAAAACAUUCAACUACUACACAUACAACAAGAAGCGUACACAGCCCUAUCGAGGUGGCUGGUACCCGGGCAAUGCAGCUAAGGUGGGCACUGUGCGAGAGGGGCUGCAGGCUUCUGCACUGCGCGAGCAAGGAUCUUUCGGGUCGUUUGCGGGAUCGUACAGUACGCUAAGCAGAAGU